UCAACGAGAUGCCCGCGUCGCCAGUUCCACGUCAGUUCGCUGCUAGUCUCCACGCAGUUCACACUACCUGCUGCUGCUGCUCUACACUGUGCACUGUUACUGCCGCUCGUCGAUCAACUUGGCUACUUUUCACCGGCUUUCUCCAAGGAGUCAGCCCGACGAGUUAUGUCGGAUUGGGAUAAGGCCCCGGGAACGCCACGGCGUCCCUCCUCGCCUGCUUCUGGACGGAAACGACGUGAGAGGGACCCUCUGGAAGGCGAUGCCAAGCGUAGGAAGGUCUCCCGAGAUAGUUGCAAUACGCAACCAUCGGCCGCUGGUGCUUCUCAGCAGUCAGUCGCUGGUCCGAGCCACGUCAACGAUACGGCUGUGUCUCAAUCGAGUGAAGGCAACUUGGACCGAUUAUCUACCCUGCUGAGUGCCCUAAUUGACAAAUUAGACAAGCCGACAGCUCCUCCAGUGUCAUCGGGGGCCGAUUGUAGCGGGUACCUUGACUUUUCCCCUUCUGAUGACGAAACAGCUGAAGUUUCCCCGUGUCUGCCCGAGCUUGAUCCGUUAGACAACCUCGACCGGCUCACCGCCGCACAGCCAACAGGUGAUACUGUGGUUGAUACUGGCUCCCAGAAGGCUCUUGAUAAGGUUGCUGGCCAUCUCCAUGGUGAGGAAGAAACAGGUGACCCUUUAUCUGACCGUCUGGCUGGCAUUCUUAAUGCGAGUCUGCGACGUUGGCCUUCCGUUGACUGCGUGAAGCUCACAUGUGAUAAGAUCAAGCUUCCGGGUAAUGUAUCCAACUUAAAGGUCCAAGCGACCAAUCCUGCCAUCACCAAGGCAAUAAGUGUUGGUGGAAAACUGGUUGACACAAGGCUUUCACUUACUAAUAAACUAUUGACAAAGGCACAGGUCCCAGUUGCCCGUUGCAUCAAUGAUAUAGGAGAUAAGAAAGAUAAACCCUUAACCUCCUACCUUGUUGGUCUUAAUAGUAGCCUGAGGCUGAUAUUGGAGAUAAGAAAGAUAAGCCCUUAACCUCCUACCUUGAUGUUCUUAACAGCCUGAGGCUGCUAACUUCCGCUGUUAACUUCAUCAAUCAGCUACGGAAAGAGGUUGCGCAGGCUCACGUGCAUGAUUCUGCCUUGGCAGAGCUCUGUAAUUGGGACUAUGCGGUCGGCAAGAAUGACUUGUUCCCCUUUGAUGUCAUAAAGAAAUGUGAGGAAAUACACAAGUACAGAAAACUUGGGAGGCCCAACUUCCGUCCUUACAAAGCUCCUGGGAGACGGUUUGCUCCACCUCGCGAGUUACCUAGACGACCUUACCCUCAGCAGUCAAGGUCACGUCACCAGGCAAGGCUUUUUUUAGGCCAGAGGCCUCCCCACGGGAGGGGGAUGCCAAGACACAGAACUCCCCAGUGAGACUACCGUCGGUGACUUCCUUGUUAAUGCCUUUGGUUAGUACUCCGAAUAAUUUUUGUGGAGGAAAAAUUUUUGUUGCUAGGUCGCAGUGGUAUUGUCUCUCCUUAGAUUAAUGGAUUCAUGAUGUGGUACAUGGAAAAUUUUUUGUUUUUGUGAAUGUUCCCAUACAGAGGAUUUCACCGGCUCCUCUCAACUUGUCUCUUGCAGAUCAAAAAGCCCUGGAUUCUGCCAUGUUGAUGUUCUUGAGCACAAAAUAGCAGGGGAUCGUGGUUUCCUUUCUAACCCUUAUCCUACCAUUAAGAGAGAUGGCAUAGAUAGUUAUUCUGAAUUUGAAAGAACUUAAUGAUUAUGUUCAUGUACAUUUUAAGAUGGACACCCUUAAAGACGCGAUACCCUUUAUCUACUACAACUGUUAUUUCAUUUCUAUUGACUUCACAAAUGCUUACUUUUCAGUCUACGUGAGGGCAGAGGACAGGAAUUGGUUCCAGUUUAUUUGGCAUAACUUUAAGUUUCGCUUCACUUGUCUUCCACAGGGCUUGAUCUCAGCGCCUCGCAUUUUCACUAAACUGUUGAAACCUGUCCUCUCGCAUCUUCGUAGACUUGGGAUAUUCGUGUCAUGCUACUUGGAUGAUUGCAUUUUCAUUGCUGACUCUGCUGUUGCUUUACGAUCUGAUGUGUCUUACGCCCUGCGUCUUUUAGACUCUUUAGGGCUCAGUCAAUCCACACAAAUCAGUACUAGAGCCUACCCAAGAGAUUGAAUUCCUUGGUGUGAUAUUAAACUCUGUUGACAUGACUGCCACUUUGACACCCAGGAGAAAAGAGUACAUUAAGGCACAGGGUUUACUACUAUUGAACAAAGAUGUAGUUUCUUUAAGAACAUAAGAACAUAAGAACAUAAGAAAUAAGGGAAGCUGCAAGAAGCGACCAGGCUUACACGUGGCAGUCCCUGUAUGAAACACUCCUACCUAUUUCCAUCUGUUAUCCCCAUCCAUAAACUUGUCUAAUCUUCUCUUAAAGCUCUCUAGUGUCCUGGCACUAACUACAUGAUUACUGAGUCCGUUCCACUCAUCUACCACUCUAUUUGAGAACCAUUUUUUUCCUGUCUCCUUCCUAAACCUAAAUUUUUCAAGCUUGAACCCGUUAUUUCUUGUUCUACCUUGGUUGCUGAUCCUAAGAAUUUUGCUUACAUCUCCCUUGUUAUAACCC